UCGAGAAAGGGACCUUAAUCAAAGUGAACGGUUUAUAAGAGGGCGCACGACAAAUGUUUCACUCACAGUUCCCAUCCAGGAGUCUCGCGAGUUAAAGCAAACCUAAUUCUAACGGACGUCGCUUUUUUUUCAUUAUCUUCGGCUACUUUAUCUUCUUUCUAAUCGAACUUAUCGAUAUACGAAAGAGAUUUACCGUUGUGAUUCCCGAUAUCGCGUCGACGAGCAUCAAUCAAUAGAAAAAUCGGCAAUUCUCAGUUAUAUGUUCUCUCAAUUUUGUUGUUCUCUAGCAACAAAAGAAAUAAAUAUAUACAUAUACGGGCCGCGCGUGAUUUAAAUCGAUUGAUUUAUUCGUUCGAAGAAACGUAGAAAAGAAGCUUUGAUACUUGGAUGAAUGUACGGGUGGAAGUACGAGACAAGGAAUCUAUUGAAGAAAAUUCAUCAAAUUUCUUAUCUAAUCAUAAAUUGUUUUUAUGCUCAUCGGGAUAAGAUCGUGCACUUUGCUUAAUCGGAUUGUCAUACCUUUACGGAUUUUUGUCAUUAAAGCGACACAUCGCGGACAUAAGAGAAAUCGCUGUUAGAUAAGACAGUCAACAGACAAAAUUACUCUUUUACUUUCCCAGUCAUUAUUUACGUUCAUUACAUAACGGUGGAUUCCUAAAGCGGAAAUAAGCGUAAUCAUCGACCGAUCGCGAAUGGAACGACAACGAAAAGAAAUUCAAAAUGUUUCAACAUCGAUAACGAAUAGAAUGAAUCACGGCGAAAUUCGAAGGAACCUCUAAUAAGUUAAAUAGAUCGAAAGGAAGAUUCAAUAUUUCUCUUAAUCACCAUGGUGCACGAUACAAGCGAGGAAAACCAAUCCAUGUUGCGGUACAACUCGACCAAGUACACAAAGGUUGUCAAAACUAAGGAUGUCAUCGAAGAUAUCGAAAAUAACAACAGCAAUACGAACUUGGACGGUCUGUACGAGGUGGAAAAUGUCAUAAAUCGAUACUCGUCGAAUCGGAAAGCAAUUUUUGCCCAGUGCUUGGUAGCUGGCGCAGUUUUAUUAUUGGCAGCCGGUGCUGGGAUGCCCAUCGGUUACAGCGCUGUACUUUUGCCACAAUUAUCCGCGAAGAAUACAAGCAUGUACGUGGAUCGCGAGCUCGGAUCGUGGAUAGCAUCGGUCCAUAGUUUGGCAACUCCGAUAGGAUCGCUUCUCUCGGGUCCAUUUCUAGACGCAUUAGGGAGACGAGGAUGCUUGCAAUUAUCCUCUAUACCACUUUGCCUCGGCUGGAUCGUAAUGGGUUUCGCCGAAAACAUUCCCACUUUACUCGUCGGCCGUAUCAUCUCCGGUUUCGCAGUCGGAUUUAUGGCUGUACCGAGUCAGGUACUCGUAGGAGAGACCGCCGAUCCAGGACUUCGUGGAAUUUUAUUUGGGAGCGCUUUUGCAGCCUACAGUUUCGGGAUACUUUUGAUUUACGCUUUCGGAGCAUCCUUCGAAUGGAACGUCGUUGCUUUUUGCGGCACCGUUUUACCCAUUCUUGCCUUUACCUCAUUUUUUUUCGUACCGGAAAGCCCCGCUUGGUUGAUUAGACAAGGAAAGAUCGAAAAAGCGAAAAGCGCUUUGUUGUGGUUGAGAGGAGGCGAUACAAAACAGAUGAACACGGAAAUAUCUAUAUUGGAAGUCAGAGCGAAGCACGAUGCUGGACAGAAGUCAUUAACAACGUCAUUUGGUCAACGAGUAUCCUCGACGUUGUCCACUAUCGUUAGCCCUAACGUGCUUAAGCCCUUGUUCAUCAUAAACAUCUUCAACGCUUUGCAAUUAAGUAGCGGGACCUACGUAAUAGUCUUUUACGCGGUCGAUCUCGUUCGAGACAUCGGUGGCAAAAAUAUGGACAGUUAUGUAGCCGCCAUAAUAACGGCAUUGACAAGAUUCUUUUUCUGUCUGCUAGCUUGCAUCUUACUUCUUAAAAUUGGCAGACGUAGUCUUGGUAUUUUUUCAGCGAUAGGUACGAGUCUUGCUUCGCUCAUACUCGUGGCAUAUACUAUGAUAAAGGAAGAAGAAUCCGAUAUGGAUGCAUACGUUCUUGGUAUAUGUUUGUUCGCUUACGUUGGCACCAAUACCGUAGGUUUGUUCACGCUCCCGGGCUUGAUGAUCGGCGAAUUGUUACCGCAAAAGGCUCGAGGUAUCGCCGGUGGUUUCAAUUUUUUUAUUUUCAACUUUUUAUUAUUCCUCGCAACGAAAUUUUUCCCAAUGAUAAAUAAUGCGGUAGGUAUAACCGGUGCCUUUGCUAUUUUCGGCAUAUUUGCGUUAUUAGAGGCAAUUUUUGUCUACAUUGCACUGCCAGAGACAAAAAAUCGUACGUUGGAAGAAAUCGAAGAUUACUUUCAGCAAAGUAAUUUACUGUGGAUUACCAGAUCGAAAGAACAAAGACAAAAUAAUGGAAUUAUCGCGAGGCAUUCUUAAUUAUUGUCCGCUGUCUCGCAGGUCGUGUGUAAAUAAAUGCGUUUGUUAAUUUAUACCAAUAUCGAAUUUAUCUCCUUUUGAGAAUAAUUCGUAUUUUUGAUAAUUGUUAUUAGUAACGUAAGUUGUAUAAAGAUACCAUUGAAAUAUAUAAUGAUGUUAAAAA